AUGAGUGAGGUUAUAGUUGUUACAAAACAUGAUGGCUUCCAGUUUAGUCGUAAUAAGUCUAUUGAUAAACAUGGGGAGGAUUCUAAAUCAGAUAUUGAAAUGGACGCCGACAAAAAUGCUUCAUCUAUAGUUACACCUGGAGAAAUGGUUACAGACGAUCCGAUUUGGAUGAGAGGGCAUGGGACUUAUUUUCUAGAGAAUAAAACCUACUCUGCAGUCGUAGGUACGGUUUCUCGUGUAAACCGAUUGUUAUCUGUUAUACCUUGGAAAGGGCGAUAUUCACCCGAGACUGGUGAUCACAUUAUAGGGCGUAUCGUGGAGGUUGGCAAUAAAAGGUGGAAGGUGGAUAUUGGAGGUAAGCAAUUUGCUAUUCUCAUGUUGGGUUCAGUUAAUCUUCCAGGUGGGGUUUUGAGAAGGAAAUCGGAGAGUGAUGAGUUACAAAUGAGAAGUUUCUUAAAGGAAGGUGAUUUGCUAAACGCAGAAGUUCAGUCAUUGUUUGCAGAUGGCAGUGCCUCAUUACAUACAAGGUCUUUAAAAUACGGUAAGUUAAGAAAUGGAGUAUUCAUUAAUGUUCCAAGCUCCUUGAUUGUAAGGAGCAAGAACCAUACCCAUAAUUUGCCAGGGAAUGUAACAGUAAUACUGGGUGUAAAUGGCUUCAUAUGGCUAAGAAAGACCUCUGAAAUGGACUCCUCUAGUAAUAGCUAUGGAAGUGUGGUAACGGGAAAGAACGCUGCUACAAUUUCUGGCAUUGCAUCGAGCGAAAAUACGCCUGGUAUUAACAGUGUAUCUAUUACAAGAUUGGAGGAAGAAUCUUCAUGGGAGAUUUAUUCAGAUAAAAACGAUCCAAUAUCUACCAAUUUAAAGAAUACGAUAGCAAAAUAUGCUAAUGUAAUUAAGGCUCUUGCAUAUUGCGAAAUUGGUAUAACCGAAACCAGAGUAAUUGCAGCGUAUGAAGCAAGUACUGCGUAUGGUAAUAUCGGCUCCUUAAUUGAGUCUGAAAUCAUGCAGGCCAUUGGCGAAGAUGUAAUAAACGCUGAGAAAAUGAGAGGCAAUUCUUAG